AUGGACAAAAUCAAGCAGUACAAAAACCUCUCCAUGACGGCAGAACUGGAUAACGACCUUGCAACGGAAACCGAACUCCUCAAGCAACGUUACCAGAAAUUCAUCAAGGCAAGCGACCAAGUUAGAUGGACCUUACAAUCCACUAACGCCACCGAGGAGCAAAUGGAACAAGAUUACUCUGCAGUGGCAGAAGUCAAAGAAGACAUGAGUGCUGUACUCGCUCUAGCCAAAAACAAACGCGAGGAGUACAAACGGCAACUGGACGCUGAGUUCCAAGACCAGCAAAGAAAAGAUGAGCGAAAACGGAAAGAAGAUAGAAUCCUUCAGCAACAACAGGCCUACACGCAACAAAUUCAGCAGCUGAUAGCUCAAAACCAAGCUACGGCACAAAUUGCAGCCGCAGCCGCUCCUGCUCCAAUAGCAGCCGCUCCUGCUCCAGUAGCAGCCAUACCUGCACCACAAUCAACACGCCUUCCCCAAAGGCAAAUCAAACAUUUUAAAGGAGAUAUCCUUGAGUGGACGUCAUUCUGGGAGAGCUUUAACGCCUCCAUCCACUCGUCCACAAUGCCGGACGUCCAAAAAUUCGACUAUCUCAAAGAAUAUUUCAAGGGGGAAGCAUACUUGUGCGUGGAAAACUUGGAACUGACUGCAGCAAACUACAACAUCGCUAUUGCUGAAUUGAAAAGGGUCUAUGCCAAACCAAAGGCCCUCAUUCAAUCCCAUCUAUGCAAAUUUGAUAACCUGGCUCCUGUUAAGUCUAUGACAGACGUAUCGGCUCUUCGAAGACUUCAGCUCACCGUCCAGUCGCACAUAAAUGCCUUGGAGACACUCGGGGUACAAAAAGACACCUUUGGAGGACUCCUUGGCACAAAAUUAAUGAAAUUGCUUCCUGCAGAAUUGCAGAAAGAAUGGUCGAGUUCCGAUGCAAACGACAUCACCGACAUCACAGCCCUGCUGAAUUUCAUCAGGGAUCAAGUCGACGCUGCUGAAAGACGACAACAACCACACCGGCGAAACAGCCACAAGCUGCUACAGCCUCUCAACUGGCGAUUGGAGCUAGAUCCCAACUAG